GCGUUGUCCAUGAAGAAUGCUUGAGGCUGACGGAACACUUGCACCAACCCAACGUACAUAAAACGGUCAACGAGACAUACAUAACGCAAAGAAAAGGUUUAUCGGAUUCGGAGUUGGCUCGUGGACCGAAAGAAUAUUCCAUACAACAUACACGUAUCUCCCGACGGACCACAUCACUUGGAAGGACUCCUGGCUUUGGAACUAUGGAUCAAUACGACGAGUGGGGGAAUUUCAUCGGGGACCUUUCGGAUGAAUCGGACGCAGGUAGUGAAGCCAAUCAGAAUGAAAGGCAUUCACCCACGGUCGAGCCACUGGCUGAUUUACCCGAGCCAGAUGAAAUCAACGAUAUGGAAGUCGACCAUGUAGGUUCAAGUAACGCAGUCGUAUUACACGACGAUAAAAAAUACUAUCCUCUUGCUUCGGAGCUGUAUGGUCCCGAUGUCGAAACCAUGGUGGAAGAAGAAGAUGCUCAACCUCUUACGGAACCGAUCAUCAAUCCCAUCAAAGUCCGCAAAUUCACAAUUGUUGAAAAGGGUGAAGCCGUACCCGAGACAUCCUUCUCAAAGCAAUUCAUGGCUGACCUCAUGAGCCAUCCUGAAUCCGUUCGAAAUGUCGCCGUCGUAGGCCAUCUUCACCAUGGCAAAACAGCUUUACUCGAUAUGCUAGUCCAUGAAACACACGAUUUUGAAUGGGACACGAGUAAACCUCUGCUAUACACGGACACACACAUUCUUGAACAGCAGCGUGGCAUCUCACUCAAGUCAUCGCCCAUGUCGUUUGUUCUUCAAAACUCCAAGCAAAAAUCCUUCUUGGUCAAUAUGAUCGAUACUCCCGGACACGUGAACUUUUUGGAUGAAGUGACGAACUCCUUACGUCUGGUAGAUGGGGCAAUUCUUGUGGUUGAUGCCGUUGAAGGUGUCUUAGUAAGCACCGACAAGAUAAUCAGACAUCUCGUGCAGGAAGGAAUCCCAAUCGUUCUCGUUGUGAACAAAGUCGAUCGACUGAUUUUGGAGCUUCGACUACCUCCUGCUGAUGCUUAUUACAAAUUAAAACACACGAUUGAAGAAGUCAAUACUGUCAUCUCAAGCUGCAACCCAGAUCCUAUUCAUCGAGUCUCACCCGAGCUGGGAAAUGUCGGAUUCGCAUCCACCGAGAUGGGAUGGUGUUUCAAUCUGACCAGUUUUGCCAAAAUGUAUCGUGAUACGUUCUGCACUAGCAAAAAAGAUUUGUUUGACAUUGAUGCAUUUGCAAAACGUCUAUGGGGUAAUAUCUGGUAUCUUCCUGAGGAGCGGAAAUUUGUCAAGCGUAAUGUGGGCGGGGAGUGCAAGCGAACAUUUGACCAUUUCAUUUUGGAACCACUUUACAAACUUUACGGACAAGUUUUAGGCUCAGAACAAGGCCCUCUCAAGGAGACGCUGGCUGAUCUCGGAAUCUACCUUAAACCGUCUGCAUACAAGCUUGACGUCCGACCGCUAUUAAGAAUCGUACUAUCUCAAUUCUUUGGGCCAUCAACAGGCUUGGUUGACAUGAUUGCAUCACACGUUCCCAAUCCUCAAGUGUCAGCGGCUGCCAAGUUGAAGUCAAAUUACACUGGACCUCUUGAUUCACCACUUGCACAGCACAUCGAAAAGUCCGAUCCUUCUGGGCCCUUAGUGAUUCAGAUAACGAAGCUAUAUCCAACUCACGACGCAAAUGAAUUUAGGUCUUUUGGGAGGGUUCUUAGUGGGGUCGCUCGUGCUGGUGUCAAGGUCAAAGUAUUGGGCGAAGGCUACUCGGUAGAUGACGAGGAAGACAUGGUGGAGGCUCUCAUCGAAAGAGUUUUCAUCUUUGAAUCUAGAUAUUCCGUCGAGACAAGUGGUAUACCUGCAGGCAAUCUUUGUCUGAUAUCUGGCAUUGACAAUUCAAUUACUAAAACGGCAACUGUUGUCGAGAGCGCAUAUACCCGUCCAGGUGGCCCAGGUGAAGGGGAGAAUCUGUAUAUUUUUAAGCCAAUCUCUCACCUAACUAAGUCGGUCCUCAAGAUUGCGGUUGAACCUCUGAAUCCAUCUGAGCUUCCUAAGCUCUUGGAGGGCUUACGAAAAGUGAACAAAACUUAUCCCUUGGUCGAAAUCAAAGUCGAAGAGUCUGGUGAACACGUUAUCAUUGGAACGGGUGAAAUUUAUCUCGAUUGCUGCUUGUUUGAUUUAAGAGAAAUCUUCUCCGAAAUCGAGAUCAAGGUUUCAGAUCCAGUGGUCAAGUUUUGUGAAACAGUUGUGGAUACUUCGGUCAUCAAAUGCUAUGCUGAAACACCGAACAAAAAGAACAAACUCACGAUGAUUGCCGAGCCCCUAGAGAAAGGGAUCGCGGAAGAAAUCGAAACUGGGAAGAUCAAUAUUCGGAUGCCUGCGAAAACACUGAGUCAACACUUUAUGAACAACUACCAAUGGGAUCUUCUGGCUUCUCGAUCCAUAUGGGCUUUCGGUCCUGAAAUAGAUGGCGGCGGCACUAACAUUUUGGUAAACGACACACUGCCAACCGAGGUUGACAAGAAGCUUUUGUUCAGCGUUAAGGAGAGUAUCAAACAAGGUUUCCAAUGGGCGACCCGGGAAGGUCCUAUCUGCGAUGAACCCAUUCGAAAUGUGAAAUUCAAGUUGUUGGAUGCUACUCUUGCUGAUGAACCAAUCUAUCGUGGUGGUGGUCAGAUCAUCCCAACUGCCCGACGUGUCUGCUAUUCGUCCUUCAUGAUGGCAACACCAAGAUUGAUGGAGCCGGUAUAUUACAUUGAAGUCCAAGCACCGGCAGAUUGUGUCCCUGCAGUUUAUCUCGUUCUUGCCCGUCGAAGAGGUCAUGUUACCCAAGACAUUCCCAAGCCAGGAUCUCCUCUGUACACUGUCAAAGCCUAUAUACCUGUCAUCGAUGCCAACGGGUUCGAAACCGAUCUCAGAACUCACACUCAAGGUCAAAGCUUUUGCAUGCAAACCUUUGAUCAUUGGUCAAUUGUUCCUGGAGACCCCACGGAUAAGUCGAUCACCCUUCGCCCAUUGGAACCCGCUUCCGCUCAAGCCCUUGCUCGAGAUGUCGCGCUAAAAACAAGACGGCGGAAAGGGCUGGGUGAUAACAUGUCGGUUGCAAAAUACAUUGAGGCGGAUCUGGUGGCCGCCUUAAUUGCUGCAGGUCAAGAGAACUUGCUAGGAUGAAAUAAAUAAAAAAAGAACAUGGAAAAAAGGUUGAUCAGUUUUGCUUUGUCUUGUGGUAAUCAUCUGCUUUGGAAGGCUGAUAGACAGGGGUAAAUCAUAUGCCAUAUACAUAUAUAUACACUGUACAUAUGGACACAUGUUUAUUACUUUGACUGUGGUCUUAUGUUCCUUGUCACUCACCUACCACAAUUGUCUACACAAGCAUCUCUGUGUAAGGACUAAACUAGUCCUUCACUGGUUGUGUCAGAUGACACUGGCAUGGCAAUAAGGGGGUUCACUUACUGCUGAUCUUGGAAUCAGCAGUUGAACUUUGCUAGAAUGGCUAUUUUAAGGUUUUUGGGAAAGUAAUAGAGUUUGG